CGGCAACGCUCUACAACUGUUGUCAUAAUGAAGUUUCUUAUACUAGUCUGUGCGGCUCUGUUCGCAAUUAAUACUGUCGAAACAACUGCAAAGAAAACCAAAGGAGUGGUAGUAGGUUACUUCAAUGCUGACGCGCAGGACCGCCCUGGAAUUGGAAGUUAUGGGAUCGAGAAUAUACCUUUUAAUAAGUUCACGCAUCUGAUAUGGGCAUUCAUUGGACUUACACCUGACACCUUUGAAGUCCAGACGACCGAGAGGGGCGUGAAUGGUGGAUACGAGAAAUUUACGUCUAUGAAGGAGCUUCAUCCCAAUUGCAAAUUCAUGGUGUCCAUAGGUGGUUGGGACGAUGGUGGAGCGAAAUAUUCGAAGAUGGUUUCCACAAGUGAAUUGAGAGCUAACUUUAUUAAUAGUUUAAUUGAAUUCAUGGACCUAUACGGCUUUGAAGGUUUUGAUCUGGACUGGGAAUACCCUGGUGCAGCCGAACGAGAUGGCGUGCCAGAAGAUAAACAGAACGUAGUUAGUUUUCUUCGAGAAUUGAGACAAGCCUUUAAAGAUCACAAUGAAAAUUGGGUUAUAACGAUGGCUGUACCAAUAACUAAAACCAGGCUCGAAUUAGGAUAUGAUGUACCUGCAAUUUGCGAAUUAGUCGACCUGGUCCACCUCAUGACAUACGACCUCCACGGGAACUGGGACGGUAAGGCCUAUAACCACGCUGUCUUCCAGGGACGACCAACAGACCCUGCCGACUUUAAAAACAUUAAUGUGGUAGAUGGACUUCAACUAUGGGAGGAUGAGGGUUGCCCUGCAUAUAAGCUCGUGGUCGGCAUUCCAUUCUACGGCCGAUCCUAUGUCCUUAAAUCUGCUUCUUCACAUGAUAUUGGUGCAGACUUAGACCAAGCAGCUGGCGGUGCUGACCCUGCUCCCUACACCAAUGCUAGAGGAUUGUGGGCAUAUUACGAGAUUUGCUCAAAGUUGCAAGAUGAAGAAGGUUGGACCAGGGUUUGGGAUACUUACGGAAAGGGUCCCUAUGCUUACAAAGACAACCAAUGGGUAGGCUACGAUGAUCCGCAAAGUUUGAAAGUCAAAAUGCACUUAAUCAAACAAAAGGGUUACGGCGGUGCUAUGACCUGGUCCAUUGAUAUGGAUGACUUUAACGGAAUAAGUGGGAAAAAGAAUCCAUUGCUUAGUAUCAUGCAUUCUUCCAUGAAGGACUAUAUUGUGCCCAAACCUAAACCGGCUACUAACCCAGUUAGCCGGGUCUAAUAAAAA